UUUAAUUCUUUUUGAUAAUUUGUUUUAAUUAACAUUUAUCUACGAAGUUCGAAUGUGUUUUAUUAUUAUCGUAUGGGAAAUAGUAUUAACGUAUACCUGAUUAUUAUUUUGCAAAAUACUAGCGAUUAUUUUAAUUAUUACGAUUAUUAUUAUUAUUAUAUGAAAGACUGUAUUCAGUAAACGAGGAAAAAAUAUUGUGCUCGUCCGGAAACCGCAAAUGCUGAUAAUCCUUGAGACAUAUCAGUGUGGUAUACAAACGAUGUCAAAAAAUAAAACAAAAAUAAGAUAAAAUAUUAUUUAUUUAGUCAAUAUUUUUUCAAUAUAUUUAAUUAAUAUUUUAUUCGAUAAAUUGUCGGUAUAAUUAAUAAAUACUGGGCCAUUUGUACAAAAUAUUCACAAUUUGUGGUAUUAAGUUAGUGUAAUUACCAUUUAUAUUGCAUCAUAAUAUAUUAUAAUUAUAAUACCGACCAUUUAUUUACAAUACUGAUCAAAAAUACUGCAAAAUAUUAAUCAAAUAAAGUAAAAUAUUUAAAAUGUUUUUUUUUACGAGUAUCGAAGUAUCAAUUUGACGAGAAACAUGUGUAGCAUUACGUGUAACGUAUCAUCAUUGCUGUCCUUUUUCAUACUAACCAUUAGUCUCGUUUUAAUAUCGAGAGUGAUUAUUGUCGAGAGUACAGUGCCCCUCAUUCAUUCUAUUCCAUUGAAAAAUGUCACGAAUAUACCAGAAGAAUACAAGGAUCUACCAGUAGUAGCACAAUGUUGUCCAAUGAAUCAAAUUCUAUUUCGAGAUGAAAAAACGGGUACAAAGAUAUGUAUUUCUUUGAUCUCAUCCGAUCAAACGUUCUCCCCAUAUUUUCAUAAAUCUAAUUCAUCUGGUUUAUGGAGUACAAGGGAAAAACAAGACAGUUUUGUCGCAGUCGUUGGUUAUCCUUGUAAUUAUGACAGUUUUGAAUUAUAUCCAAUAAACAAUUCUUAUUAUCUUUUAUUUAAUGGCUCGAUAUAUUAUCCUUCGUAUAAACCUUCAAUGCUCAUGCCUGGUAAAGAUUAUUGUAUGGAAUACGUUCCUGAAUUAGGAUUACGAAUUAGAGUAUGUUUUCCAGAAGAUGUUCAAGUAAUGAAAGCCAGUCCAGAGAAAUUGUUUAGCAUCCUCGGACUUUUAACAUCCACAAUACUUCUAAUCUUCACUAUAAUUAUUUAUUUAAUAAUACCAAAAUUAAGAAACAUAUAUGGACGCGUAAUUUGCCAUUAUUGUGGAUGUCUUGCAAUAGCGUUUAUUAUUUUAACUAUAUUGCAACUUGAUGGUGUAUAUUGGAAUCGUUACACGUGCAUGAUUAUAAGUUACAUUAUCCAAUUCUUCUUCCUUGCCUCGCAUACUUGGUUGAACGUUUUAUGUAUAGUUACGAACAAUUUAAUACGAAAUUAUGUUAAUCAUGCAUCGAUUUUACCACAAACAAAUAAAGCACUCUUCUUUUAUUAUUCCUUGUGUGCUUGGGGCUCUUCAAGUAUCCUUAUCAUUACAGACAUAUGUCUUAAUCUCAGACCAAUGAAAUUUACUACUGAAAGUGACAGCUGUUGGAUUGAUUCUGACAUCAAGUCGACGUCGUUCUACUUCUUCCCAGUGUUAAUAUUCUUAAUAAACAAUUUAAUUGUUUUUAUCUUAACUGGGAUAACAAUAAGACGAUUCAAAAAUGAUCUCAAAAUCCAACUGUUGACCAGAAAUCAAGAAUGCGAUCAAAGGAAUCAAAAGAUGCUAAGUGUUUUAAAUAUAAGCCUAAUUGUACCCAUAGUAUUAUUUUUCUUUUUGGCAUUAACUUGGGCCUUACAAUUUAUCACUUGGGAUAAUGGUAUUAAUUCAUUCGAUUGGUAUCCUUUGAAUUUAGUUAAUGCAGUUCAUGGUUUUUUUGCAUUCGUCAUUUUCGUACUUCGUAGGCCAAUACGAGGUUUAAUUUGGGAUAGAAUACAAAAUCUUUGUAAUAGUCAAAGACAAACACCUAGACUAACAAAUAUUUAUAAUCAAUUUAUUUUACACCCUUUAAGAAUUGAAAAUUAAGAUUCACAUUACCUCUGGUCGAAUGAUUUAUAUACCAGGGCAUAUAAAACCUUUUCCAAUUUUUAAGAUCCCUUUUAUACCAACCAAUAUUUUUGCGAUCUUAAAUACAGAUUCUUUAGUAUCUUUUUUUUUAUUAUCAUAAACUCACGAACGUACUAUACAUGUAAUGUUGCCAAACUGGUUUUGAAUUCACUUUCAGCCAUUGUAUAUACCAAGAAUUUGGUAGUUACUCGACCCCAUACAGGGUUGUAGGAUAAAAAUAUUUUAAUAAAAUUAAGACCUUCAGCUUAUAGAUAUUCAAUAUUUUCGAUUGGUAGUAUAAAU